AGUUCUGUUCAGUCCGAGGUGCUUAGGGAGGCUAAAACCUAGACCACUGCCAUCUAGUGCAGCAUGAAGGCCUGGGCUCGUGCAGUGUUGUGUGUUGCCUGCUGCGUGUGGCUGGCCGCCGGACAGAGCAAGAGAAGCGGUGGGGAAGAGCUAAUCCGCUUCAGCACCAAGAGCAAAGAUGCCUGUGCCAUGACGGUGGGUGGCCAGGGAGAGGUGAAGCUCAGGGUCGUGUGCAGGAACCAAGGCAAGUCCUACUGGUGCGAGUAUGUGGGCCAGCCCUCCGUCUGCCGCUCCUUCAACGCCAACCCCAAGCAGUACUGGAACCAGAUCAGCUCGGAGCUCAGGAAGACGACCCACGCCUGCCAGGGGACCGCCGUGCUGAAGCCCAGCAUGUGUCAGAAGGCCCCCGCUGACGCCCACAUGAAGCAAGUGGCAGUCGGCCCCAAGCCGGCGUCGCAGAAACCGGUCAAGACUGCUCAGGAAAAGCCCGCACAGUCAAAACCAGCGAAAAAGCUCCCAAAGCCCCCGAAAACCGCGACAGCUCAACCCACUCUGGUGCCCAGCAGUGAAGCCGAUGCCAACAAGAUGGCACAAGAGUACUGCUGGGAAUCCCUUCAAGGGGUCUGUGCUUAUUUUAUCAACCUGUUCAAGGGCUAAAUUUCCAGGUUAGAUUUUCCUGCAAAGAAGACUUCAAAGUGCAGAACUAUUUGUAAACUUAGGUCGUUUUUCUUGAGAGGAAACAGAAUGUUUUGCUUUCAUUAGCAUAAUCUCAUUCUGUUUACAAAUAUUGAAUUUUGCCUGUUCUGUCAAUAGAGUUUUUUUCCCCAUUAUGUGUUGCUAAUGAUCCGUCAUAAGCUCACCCCUGCGUUUCCACUCAUUUCAAAGCUGUCUGUUCUAUUGUCUGUCUUUAUCUCCUAAUAAUCAGUUGUUUAAAUCAUACCGUAUGUUAGCACAAUGCAGUAGGAGAUAAUGGUUCAGUCAGUCAAACUCCUGAAAUCCACAACCUAAAGGUUUACAGUCCUGGUGAGUUGCUAACUCUAAACAUCUUACCUAAUAUACUUAAAGCCCUCAAUGUCAAAUACCAAGUAUAUUCUUAGCUUUAGUCUGUUUCUGUUGCACCACACUUUAUGUGCUUACUGUGUCACACUGUGUGAAUUCAUUCAAAGGGCCGUGUCUUCUUGGGUUAGUAUGACGAACAAGAGCUUAUAUUACUUCUGCUGUGGCAUUAUGUGUGCACCUUGACUCAUAAGCUUUCUCCCAAAGUUCUGUGUUACUUUAUAAAGUGCUGUUGUGAAAAAAUGGGAAAGAAUUACAAACACAAGUAAAUCAAAUAAAAUGACAGUGUGGGUCUGUCUCUUGUGGUUAUUCCAUAGCUGCCAUGACUGAUUUUCUUACACUGUGGCUUUAGUGGAGACAUUUUGCAUUACUGGACAGAGUUAUAAAGACGUGCUCUGUUGAAGACACAGAGCAAGUAAACUAGUGGGUAAUUUGCCCAGAAGGAAAACAAAGACUUGUGUGUUCUAAUUAUAUUCUGCAAGUUCAUGAUUUUCCUUCAUCUGAAGUUCUUGCCUUCAUGGAAAUAAAAAUAUAUUACUGUG